CCCGCUGUGCAAACCCGAAUCAAGGAUUUUGAUCGAAGGUCUCCUCUACUAGACGCUACUAGAGCUAGAGGCUCUAGCAGUCAACACGUCUGUACAGAAACACACAAGAGGCAUCUAAGGAAAACAACGCGCGUUUGGGAAUACUCACUAAUCAGCUAGAUGGCCUGCCUCCAACCCAUCAAAACUAAAGAAAAUGAAUAGUUAAAUAGCUAAAGCGUGACAUAAGGCAAACCUCUACAGUCAGAGUUGACAGCAGUUACGGGAGAUUCUCAGUGCUAACGUUACAACUAACGCGUUAGCCUUUUGCUUGUAAUAUCCUGUGGUGAAGUUCAGUUGGCAAGGAAGGGCGGAAGUCCCCAUUGAGGCCAGCGGAAGCCUUGUUCCUUUCCCCACAUGAAUGUAUGUUGGCAUGUUGAGUUCAAAAUACCAGAAAACAAGGAAUCAAGGAUACCGAGCAAUGCUGUUGAUGUGGACGUGGCGUGGUUAAGAAGCAGACAACUAGAAAGCGUCCGCUGCUAAAGCUUGGAUUGGAGAAGAGCAGAGCAAUGGGGAACACAGCCACUAAGUUCCGUAAGGCAUUGAUCAACGGGGACGAAGGUCUGGCCUGCCAGCUGUAUGAGAGUAACCCCCAAUUCAAGGAGUCACUGGACCCCAACACUUCAUAUGGAGAACCUUACCAACACAACACUCCUCUGCACUACGCUGCACGGCACGCCAUGACUCGCUUGCUCAGGUCCUUUCUCUUCAGCAAAGAUGGCAACCCCAAUAAACGCAACAUUCACAAUGAGAAUGUACUGCACCUGCUGUGUAUGGGCCCUCAGAUCCUCAUGUCCGAGGGGGCUCUGCAGCCACGCCUGUACCGGCCCUACGAGGAUGAGCAGAGGCGGGCAGAGUGCAUUCAGAUUGUCCUGAAGUGGACAGGUGCCAAGCUGGGCCAGGGGGAAUAUGAGAGCGCCAAUGUGAACACCACAGACAACAAUAAAAACACUUGUUUGCACUACGCCGCUGCCUCAGGAAUGAAGACCUGUGUAGAGCUUUUGGUCCAGAGGCAGGCAGACCUGUUUAUGGAGAAUGAGAACCGGGAGACACCGUGCGAUUGUGCGGAGAAGCAGCACCACAAGGAGCUGGCCCUCAGCCUGGAGUCCCAGAUGGUGUUCUCCCUUGCCCCGGAGGCAGAGGGCAUAGAGGCAGAGUACGCAGCCUUGGACCACAGAGAGAUGUAUGAGGGUCUGAGGCCUCAGGAGCUGCGUCGUCUAAAGGACAUGUUGAUCGUGGAAACCGCAGACAUGUUGCAGGCCCCUCUUUUCACUGCAGAGGCUCUGCUCAGGGCCCAUGAUUGGGACAGGGAAAAGCUGCUGGAGGCCUGGAUGUCAAACGCAGAGGACUGCUGCCAGCGUUCAGGGGUGCAGAUGCCCAAUCCUCCCCCCAGUGGGUACAAUGCUUGGGACACUCUGCCCUCACCAAGGACUCCACGUACCACCCGCUCCUCCAUCACCUCACCGGACGAGAUCAGCAUCACUCCCGGGGAUGAGGACUCCCCCCUAUGUGGUAUCUGCAUGAGCACCAUCUCCAUCUUUGAGGAACCCAUUAAUAUGUCAUGUGGUCACGAGUUCUGCCGGGGAUGCUGGGAAGGGUUCCUGAACCUAAAGAUUCAGGAGGGGGAAGCCCACAACAUCUUCUGCCCUGCUUACGACUGCUUCCAGCUAGUGCCUGUGGAGGUCAUUGAAAGCGUGGUUUCCAGGGAGAUGGAUAAGCGUUACCUCCAGUUUGACAUCAAGGCUUUUGUGGAUAACAACCCUGCCAUCCGCUGGUGCCCCAGGGCAGGCUGUGAGCGGGCAGUACGUCUUUCCAUCCAGGAUCCUGGCAACAGCUCAUCUGACCCUCUAAGUUUCCCUCUGCUAAGGGCCCCUGCGGUCGAUUGUGGCAAGGGACAUCUUUUCUGUUGGGAGUGCCAGGGUGAGGCCCAUGAACCAUGUGACUGUGAGAUAUGGAGGAUGUGGCUGCAUAAAGUUACUGAAAUGAAGCCAGAGGAAUUGGCUGGUGUGAGUGAGGCGUAUGAAGAUGCGGCCAACUGCUUAUGGCUACUCUCUAACUCCAAGCCAUGUGCCAACUGCAAGUCUCCCAUUCAGAAGAAUGAGGGCUGUAACCACAUGCAGUGCGCUAAGUGCAAGUACGACUUCUGUUGGAUCUGCCUGGAGGAGUGGAAGAAGCACAGCUCAUCCACUGGAGGCUACUACCGGUGCACACGUUACGAGGUCAUCCAGCAGGUGGAGGAGCAGGCCAAAGACAUGACUGUGGAGGCGGAAAGGAAGCAUCAGAGCUUUCAGGAACUGGACCGUUUCAUGCACUACUACACACGCUUCAAAAACCAUGAACACAGCUACCAGCUGGAGCAGCGCCUGUUAAAAACAGCCAAAGAAAAGAUGGAACAGCUGAGCAGAGCUCUAAGCAGACGAGAUGGAGGGCCUCCAGACACAACCUUUAUUGAGGAUGCUGUGCUGGAACUCCUCCAAACUCGCCGCAUCCUCAAGUGCUCUUACCCCUACGGCUUCUUCCUGGGACCCAAAAGCACCAAGAAGGAGAUCUUCGAGCUCAUGCAGACUGACCUGGAGAUGGUGACGGAGGAUCUCGCGCAGAAAGUCAACCGGCCUUACCUCCGCACACCCCGCCAUAAGAUCAUCCGUGCCGCCUGCCUGGUGCAGCAGAAGAGGCAGGAGUUCCUGGCCUCGGUGGCCCGUGGGGUGGCUCCCAAUGACUCGCCAGAGGCCCCACGGCGCAGUUUUGCUGGUGGAACGUGGGACUGGGAGUAUUUAGGUUUUGCAUCUCCUGAGGAGUAUGCAGAGUUCCAGUACAGACGGAGACACCGGCAAAGGCGACGUGGCGACAUGUCCAGCUUGCGCAGUAACACUCCUGAACCAGAAGACCCCAGUGAUAGCACUUUAGAUGGCCAGGACAUCGGAGGCAGUAGGAGACAAGGUACCUCCAUGGGUCUGAGCUCAUUAGAUGAGGAUGAUCCUAAUAUCCUAUUGGCUAUACAGCUGUCACUCCAAGAGUCAGGAUUUGCAAUGGGAGAGGAGAAUCAGGAGUUUUUAGUCAAUGAGGCAUCACUGGGGGCCAUAGGUACAUCACUGCCCUCCAGACUGGACUCAACUCCCACCAGUCUGGAGGUGCCUCGGGCGUCACUGAGCAGCUCUGAGCUAUUGGAGCUGGGGGACAGUCUGGCGAGGUUGGGCACACUCAGCAGUCACUACGCUGUCACGUCCAGCACCACUGCUGCGAACGCCCAGCAACACUGUGACAAUCUCCACAACCUGUUCACCUUUGAGCCUCCGGGCAUGAUCCUUUCGUCGUCGAGUAACACAGACUCCGCAGGUCAUGAUCCUGCAGCCAACGCCAACCUGCUUGGCAACAUCAUGGCUUGGUUCCAUGACAUGAACCCCCAAAGCAUCACACUGGUGCCCUCCUCAGACACAGACCUGGUCCAGACGGCCUGCAGCUCAGACCAAGGCCCUCUCCUCCAGAUUCUUAACAGCAAGCCACAAGAGGAACUGGAGGAGCAGGCUAACCAAUUUGGCCACUGCCCUCACCAAGUCCCCUCAGAGGAAAAGGAGGCGGAGAGGCCUACCCAGCUAGACCUUGUGGAUGUCGAAGCCCUGCCCCUUGCUCUCCCCUACAUAGAAGCAGAGCUUGGGGAUGACCUCAACAUCUCUCACACUGACACCCCAAAAUGUGACUCUGCCUCGGACCUCCAGCCCAGCACCAGCUCAUCUGAGUGGGAGGAGCAAGUGCACCUAGUCUAAUUUGUUUGGCUGGCCGAGAUUUCACAGGAAAAACAACUCUCCGAAGGCAAAACCACUGAAAACAAUGUAGGCUCAUGACAAAGGCUCAUGGAUUAGGAAAGAGGACUUGCUAGUUGGAAAAACAUUCACUGAUGUGAACAGUUUUAGCUACAGGUGUGUUUACUCAGUACACCAGACAUUUGGAAGCCGAUGCUAGGUAUAUGAUGCCACCUCAGUCGAGUUAAGGUUGUCUUUAAUGGGAAGGGUGUUACAUAAAAUGGAUGGCCUGAAACGGUUAUGAACAUGUUGCUUCUUUAAAAUGAGUUUUAGAUUAGAUAAAGACGUGAAACUAUAUAAAGUACAGGGUCAUCGUUUUGUUGACUCAAACAUUUUGAAAUUGGUUUUAUUUUCAUUUCAGUUGAAAUUAAACUACAGAUUGGGAUUGCAGACUUUUAGAUGUAAUUUGACGGUAAUUACAUCCCUGAACUGAGAACAGUGUAGAAAUUACAGCUCUUUUAAUACAUGGUUCUGCCAUUUCAGCAAUUGGACAAAUUGGCAGGAACCCAAAUUAAGUUAUAUAAAGUACAUAUUUCUGGUUUCUUAGGCCUAUCUUUUAUAUGCAAUGACUGCCUGAAGUCUGGGAUACUUCACGAUUAUCCACCUCCUGUUAGUUUAAAACUGUCAUUACUUUACAAGCUAUUUAUUAAAAAGACCGUGAUUUCAUCUUGGUUUGCAGUUUAUAGGACGUAAAUAAAGUUGACAGUUUACACUUUACAAUGUGCUGGAGUAGAGAAAAGGCUAAAAUAUGUCACUGUCCAAAGACUUAUGGACUGCACUGAAGUGCAUUUAGUACAUUUGCAAGUCUGUAAUUAUUGUUGAUGUUUUCCACUGGAGUUAAAGCCUACUGUAAGUGUAGAUCCAAUCUGAGGGUUUCUCUCCUGUGAAGGAUGGCUGCACAGCUGGUUUGUAGAUUUACCCCAGUAUAAACAAACUUAGUUGGAGUAACACCCACUUCUAAGAUCCUUAUAUGCCUGUGCUUAGUGGCCAAACAUUGAUUAGCAAAAGCACAGUUAGUUGUUAGCUAUCACCAAGUGAUUUUUAAAGCAAAUUUUGUCCACUUGCCGAGGUGGUUGUCCCUGACCAUUAUUGUAUAACGUAUGACCUGAUGUUGACAGACAGCCUUGGAUGGAGAUCCGACUAUCUGCUGUCUGGCUGCAAAGCAGGAGAGUGCAGCAGGUAGAAUUGCAAUCAGAUAUUUUCUGUGAAUGAAUCGUUAAACCUAAUCACUGUAACCUGUCACUGGUCAUUGAAAAAUGUACGUUGAGCCUCAAUAGGGCUUUCCAACUCCAGGGCUACAGUACAUGGACAUGACAUGUAUCGUACCUCAGAAACAUGUCAACUUGUCUUGAAACAGUUAUUUCUAAGCAAUUCAUUACAGUGCCUUUAUGUCAAACUAUUAUUAUUUAUUGCCACAUUUUUGAGCGCUUAUAGUAGGUUAACAGUGUGGAUAAAGACACCUUUAACAUCUGUUUGAUCAAUUUCACUUUAAAUUUCACACAAAACAAGUGUCCUAACCUGUCAUUUUUGAUGAUUUUUUAAUACACAUUUGUAGCCUCCCUGUGUUUCCAGUCUGUUUGUCUAAUGCCUUGAAAUAUAACCCUUUGAUUUUACAUGAUUUAAAGUUUGUAUUAUGGAACAUGUUGGUUUUGAACCACAUCUCAUCUCCAAAUACAUAUUUUUAUUAAAAGUUUUUGUUGUUGAAGUUUUGUUGUUGUAGAUACAGCUUUAUCUAUAGCCAAGCAACUGAAGUACAGAGUUAAGUCUUUAUUUGACGAAAGAUUGUGUAUUGUAUUUUCUACUGCAGGAAAACACUAUUGCAGUAUACAUUUUGUCUGGCUACAAAAAUUAUUUACCCUCCUAACUUUGUAAAGCAGUCCUGCAUAAAAGCUUGUAUUGAGGAAGGUUAGUUAAGCAAAGCAUAAUCUGUGUGUUAAAGACUAGUUAUUUGAAAUCAGAAGUCUGUCACAUUAGAAAUUAAUAUUUUUAUCAAGAUAUAUUGGAGAUUUGAUACAAAAUAUGUUGAUUAAAUGUCUAUAAAGUACAAUGUUCAGUAUAAAAAAUAUAUGACAGAAAAUGUACUUCUUGAGUUGGUCUUUCUCCAACCUCAUGUCUGACUGUAUUAAAGUAAUAGUAAUUUUAACUGAAAUCACAAAAAGAUGAUUAAAAUGUGUCUGAGAAGCAGUAAGUGCCAUAUACUGAUCUAGUGAACUAUGUUGGACUUAAGUAAUGUCGAAUUGAUAAGCUGUGGAGUAAUAAAUACUAUUGUCUCUUUAUAUAACAGUAUGCUCUGCAUGAAAUAGGGCGUAAAAAUACUUGGAAUUUGUAUUUUCCUUGAUAUCUAAUUUCAAAUGCCAAGGCAAAGGACUUCAGAAAUAGCAAACAUUUUCUAACCCAUUACGAUUUUGUAUUGUACAGCAACUAAUCCUUGAAUCCUGUUUGCACUUUCAUAGUCUAUACUUGAUACAUUCCCUCUUUAUAUGAAAUAAUGUUUGAUGUGUGGUCAAUAAACUGAGUUGAGUUUCA